GCGAUCCCCCAGAUCAAACCCAGAAACGCGCAGCCCCAAGCCACGCCGUCCCAGCCCCGAUCUCUGGUUCCGUCUCCGUGCUCUGCAUCUUCAUCCACAUCCACAUCCACAUCUGCAUCCACGUCUGCAUCCACAUCUGCAUCUGCACCUGUGCUGGCGGAUCGCUCGCUCCAAUCCAGAACACACCCCACGGAACUGCCCGACAUGACGCAAGACUGGGUCUGCCCCGAGUGCGAACAGGAAAACACAGCCGAGGACCCCGAGUGCAUCGCCUGUGGCCAAGCCAAGGCAGUCUCGCCCUAUGCCGGCUUCCAGAUCGGCCUGGUCGUGGCGACGGAAGCCAUUCCCAAGACCAAGCUUCGGCAGCUCAAGAUCAAGCUCACGGACGAAGACCUUGAUCUCGACGACGACAGCGUCGACUCGUCCAAGUUAGUGACGAUCGUGACGAACGCCAAGAACGUCGACAAGGUCGGGCUCAAGGUCGUAGUGGCGACGAUCGGCACAACCGUGACGGUCGACGGCGAGGAGGUGGUCGUCAAGAAGGCCACCGUUGGCGGACGCAAGUCCGAGGGAAUGCUCUGCGAUGGGCCGAUGCUCCGAUGGAAGGGCGGUGGUGCCGGAGCGGCCGUGGUGCUGUCGGGCGACGAGUUUGUCGUUGGCAGCGAACCCCCAGCCGCCCGUCCCCGAGCCGACGCGGCCUGAAGGAUAGCAAUAUACACCCGGAUUGCCUGGAUGGACGGGCAGCGCGCCUGGCGCUGGCUGCGAUCCUUCUCGCCCUGGCGUGCAGCAGCCCUCUUCGUCCACGGUAUGCAAUA